UGUAAAUCUACGACACUUUUGCUUUAAUAAACAAAGCCGUUGGAUCAUGGAUCAUGGCCUUCUCAGAAGAAAGGUUAUUUUCGUAAAUUGGUCAAUCUAUGAAUACCUCAAAGAGUUUCAACCCCUUCGCCUUCGCCUCCGCCUCCGCCUCCGCCUCCGCUCGUCGGAGGGAUUCCCAAUUCGAGGCACGAUCAAGGCUUCAAAUCAGAUAACAAACACCGAGUCUCCAGCCAUGAAAGCAAUGGCCAGUUUGAAUUUGUCUUCCUUUGUUAUGAAGAACCAUGUGCUGCUCAGAAGCCCAUAUUAUAAUUGCAGAUUUUGGAAAGAGCCUACACCUACACCACAAAGAGUAGUCCCGUUUCCCCAAAUGCCCAUCAAUAAUAUGUCAUUGCUUUGUACAGCAUUACUCCCAUGGGAAGCAGAAGCAGCCUUGCCUUAUUCAGUCAAAGAUGAUGACCAAAGCAUCAUUAAAGGUCCCAAUGUCGUUGACCCUUUUCCUGUUGAUGCAUCAGAGGAUGCUCCAGAACUUCCUAAUUCCAAGCACAAAGAUGAAGGAGAGUCUUUCCAGCUACUUAAAUUGCCAAUGUGGCUCAUAGGUCCUUCAGUUCUACUAAUGACCGGCAUGGUUCCUACAUUGUGGCUGCCUUUAUCUUCUGUAUUCGUAGGUCCCAACAUUGCUGGUCUUCUCUCUAUAGUUGGACUUGACUGCAUUUUUAACAUGGGUGCUACCUUGUUCUUUCUCAUGGCUGAUGCUUGUGGACGCCCGAAGAGAAGCUCAAACUCAAUUGAAAGCCAAGUACCAUUAAGUUACAAGUUAUGGAACAUGGUUGCUAAUGCUGUGGGCUUUGCUGCUCCUUUGUUAAUGCUAAUGGCCUCAUCAAGAGGUACUCUCCAGCCACCAUUGCCAUUCAUCUCAUUCGCAGUGAUGCUUGGACCUUAUCUUCUACUGCUGGCUGUACAAGUAUUGACUGAGGCACUGACAUGGCAAUGGAAGUCUCCAGUUUGGUUGGUUGCCCCUGUAGUCUAUGAGGUUUACAGGGUGUUACAGUUGAUGAGGGGAAUAAAGUUGGGGAUUGAGAUUGGAGCACCAGCAUGGUCAGUGGAAAGCAUCAGAUUUUUGGUCUCUUGGUGGGUCUUGAUUCUUGGAGUUCAGCUCUUCAGAGUUGCUUGGUUUUCUGGUUAUACUGCAAGGAAUCAGCACGACUAGUAGUAAUGUGCAACAUGUAUGUGUUCUGUUUUUAUAAGUUUUGUGGAUUUUCUACGUACAUAUUAUCGUCAUUUUUAAGUUUUCAUCUUUUUUAUUAUAUGUAUGCAAUUAUGCAAAGCAGAGUGGAUAUUUUUACAUAUAAUGGAUAAGUUUUCCCGAACGUUGUAGA